UAUGUCAAACAACAACGAGAAGGUCUUAAAGUUUGAUCCAACCGAUGAACAGUUAGAUAAAUUUCUUGCGGAACUCGACAAAAACUUUAUGCAAACCAUAGAACUAAUUCGGCAAAAACGGCAAGAAAUAGCACAACUGUACAUCGAAAUGGAUCAUAUGGAAACAACACUGAGAGAUUUGGAUCAAAAAGUACAUGGUACAGUGUGUAAUGGACAGGAGAGAUCUCUUUAA